AUGAACUUCCUGUUUUCGGGGUUCCCCUGUGAAACACCGGCUUCGAUGGUCGUCGAAACAAGAACUGCGCUCAGCUUUCCCCGAGACGAGUCCUUAGGAUUGCAAUGGGUGAAUGCCAUCGGGAGACCGGUCUGGGUGCCAACGAAGUACAGCCGAGUGUGCUCAAAACACUUCAGGAACGAGGACUUCGACAGAACGUCGCUAACACGCGUGCGCCUGCGGGAGGGUUCCGUUCCUGUCGCACAUCCGUCGGUUCAGGUUCACCAGCAGGAGCAUGACUUGCCAGCCAGACGGGAACCUAGCGGGCAAGAACCAAUAGGCGUGUGCACGCCUGAACCCGGCACACAAGAGCAAAUUCACGUGAGCCUGCCUGAGCCUGACACACAGGAGGAGAUUGAAGUGAGCAUGCCUGGAUCUGACACUCAAGAGCCAAUGGAUGUGGGCCUGCUCGAACCAAAGACACCAGAGCGAACCCAUGUAGACGGAACUACAAGCACACCUGUUGUGUCUGCUGUGGGAAUCAACAGCUCAGGCUUCACUACUAAGCCACCUACCACAACUUCAAUGUGA